AUGGGCAACGUUUGUCUGAGGUUCUGGGCAUACUUGCGGCCCUGUCUCCCCUGCUUGUUCCAGGAGGCCGACAAGCCGGGAGUGGUGAUUGGGAACCCCAUGGCCCACUGCUUCCCUGGUCCUCCCCAGCUGCACAGUCAGGAGCCCGGGAGAAGCCACGGCCACUACUUUGUGGCUCUGUUUGACUACCAGGCUCGGACCGCAGAGGACCUUAGCUUCCGCACGGGCGACAAGCUCCAAGUCCUGGACACUUCCCGGGAGGGCUGGUGGUUCGCCAGGCACUUGGAGAAAAGGGGAGAUGGCUCUGGCCAGCCGCUGCAGGGCUAUAUUCCUUCUAACUAUGUGGCUGAGGACAGGAGCCUGCAGGCAGAGCUGUGGUUCUUUGGAGCAAUCAAGAGAACAGACGCAGAAAAACAACUAUUAUAUUCAGAAAAUCAGACCGGUGCCUUUCUAAUCAGAGAGAGUGAAAGCCAGAAAGGAGAGUUUGCCCUUUCAGUUUUAGAUGAGAGGGCUGUGAAACACUACAGAAUCAGAAGGCUGGAUGAAGGGGCAUUUUUCCUUACCCAGAGAAGAACCUUUUCAACACUGAAUGAAAUUGUGAGCUACUACUCCAAGACAAGUGAUGGCCUGUGUGUCCAGCUGCGAAAACCAUGUUUAAAGAUACAAGUGCCAGUGCCUUUUGAUUUGUCAUAUAAAACCGUGGACCAGUGGGAGAUAGACCGCAAGUCUAUACAGCUUCUGAAGCGAUUAGGAUCUGGGCAGUUUGGUGAAGUGUGGGAAGGACUGUGGAACAACACCACUUCAGUAGCAGUGAAAACAUUAAAACCAGGUUCAAUGGAUCCAAAUGACUUCCUGAGGGAGGCACAGAUAAUGAAGAACCUAAGACAUCCAAAGCUUAUCCAGCUUUAUGCUGUUUGCACUUUGGAAGAUCCAAUUUAUAUUAUUACAGAGUUGAUGAGACAUGGAAGUCUGCAAGAAUAUCUCCAAAAUGAUGCUGGAACAAAAAUCCAUCUGACUCAGCAGGUGGACAUGGCUGCGCAGGUUGCCUCUGGGAUGGCUUAUCUGGAGUCCCAGAACUACAUUCAUAGAGAUCUGGCUGCCAGAAAUGUCCUGGUUGGUGAACAUAAUAUCUACAAAGUUGCAGAUUUUGGACUUGCAAGAAUUUUUAAGGUAGGUAAUGAAGACAUCUAUGAACCCAGACAUGAAAUAAAGCUGCCAGUGAAGUGGACUGCGCCCGAAGCCCUUCAUGCUAAUAGAUUCAGCAUUAAGUCUGAUGUGUGGUCAUUUGGAAUCCUUCUUUAUGAAAUCAUUACUUAUGGCAAAGUGCCUUAUAGUGGCAUGACAGGUGCUCAGGUAAUCCAGGUAUUGGGUCAAAACUAUAGACUCUCUCAACCACCUAACUGCCCACCACAGUUCUACAACAUCAUGUUGGAGUGUUGGAAGGUAGACCCUCAGGAACGGCCAACAUUUGAGAAACUGCAUUGGAAACUUGAAGACUAUUUUGAAACAGACUUUUCAUUUUCAGAUACAAACAACUUUGUAAGAUGAACACUGAAGGAGAACAUUCAAUAAUGAAGUAACAAAAGAGUUCAAUAAUCAGUCCAGAAAUAACCUUAUUAAUCGACUGCCAGAAGAGCUUACCUCGACAUAUUCAAGUGAGAGGGUCAACUUGGCCAUGUAUUACGAAGAAGAUUAUAUGUGUACUUCAUUGACUGGGCAACACUGUAGGACAGUCUAAGAUGAUAUUUUAUCACUGUCUGGCAAAAAUCAAACACAUAAACACACUUUUCUUUUAAAAAAAAAUACAUUUCUAUUUAUUGUUUGAAAUACUGAUCAAGAGGAUCAACAGAUGAUAGUUAAUUUUUACUCAGUGACUGUUGUAGCAUUUUCCUGUUUACUGAUUAAAGUGGUUAUUCAUUAUUCCUCGGAUUGCUGAAUCCCAUCAGGCUGUUAUUAUGAAGGAAUCUGAUUGCUUUGCUGCACAGCAGGACCUGUGCUUUGAGAUUUUUUUUUUCUCUUUUAAAA